UGUUUGAUGCUUCAGCGCUGACGGGUAGGAAACGAGGCGCCCAGUGGAUGGGCAGAGUGACGCCAGCAUCAGAGCUGAGCAGCCGAGGAGCGAAUAUGAAUUCUUCACAAGAGGAAGAAGCCCUUAUCCAAAGCUACGUAGACUUCACACACCAAUGUGAGGAGCUACCAUGCAAGAAGCUGAGCAGCACAGAUGAACAUGAACCUCAGCCGUGUCACAGCGACACAACUUUCCCAAUAAAAAAAACGUACGGCUGUGACCAGUGUGAAAGAACGUUUAAUCACAUAGAAAGCCUCAAACGACACCAGCAUACACAUAGUGGAGAUAACGUGCACCCCUGUGACCAGUGUGGGAGAGUUUUCAGCCGAUCAUCGGCCCUAAAAAUGCACCAGAGGAUCCACACUUGGGAUAAUCUAUACUCCUGUGGCCAGUGUGGGAAAGCUCACAGCAUGCAAAGUGAACUGAUACGACACCAAAGAAUGCACACUGGAGAGAAACCGUACUCAUGCGACCAGUGUGAAAAAUCCUUCAGCUUGUCACAUAAUUUAAAAAGACACAAAAGAACCCACAGUGACUAUAAACCGCACAUUUGUGACCAAUGUGGGAAAGCUUUCUGCAUGUCAGGAAACUUGAAACGACACCAACUCAGCCACAGUGGAUUUAAACCCUAUGAAUGUGACCAAUGCCAGAGAGCUUUCUCCAAAUUUUUUGACUUAAAAAUACACCAAAGAAUCCACACGGGAGAGAAGCCAUACACUUGUGACCAAUGUGGGAAAGCUUUCAGCUUGUCACACAAUUUAAAAAGACACCAACUCACCCACAGUGAAGAGAAGCCGUUCACCUGUGAGCAGUGUGGGAGAGCUUUCCGCUUGUUACGGGAGUUAAGUCGGCAUCAAAUCGUCCACAGUGGAGAAAAGCCGCAUGUCUGUGACCAGUGUGGGAGAGCUUUCUACUUGUUAAGCGAGUUAACGCGACAUCAGCUUGUCCACACUGAAGAUAAACAGCACACCUGUGCCCAGUGUGGGAUGGCUUUCAGAAGGUUGAGUAACUUAAAAAGACACCAGCUCAUCCACAGUGGGGAAAGGCCACACAUCUGCGGCCAGUGUGGGAAGAGUUUCCGUCAGUUAUCGACGUUUCAGUAUCACCAGCGGAUCCACUCGGGAGACAAACCCUAUCAGUGCCGAUUCUGUGAGAAACCCUUCAUCGUUUUAUCGCAGCUUAAAAUCCAUCUACGCGUUCACACUGGAGAGAGACCGUACAGCUGUGACCAGUGUGAGAAGAGUUUCAGCCAGAGGAGUUCAUACAUAACGCACAAACGUGUGCACGCGAGUUACAAACCGUAUCAGUGCCCGUUUUGUACGAAAAGGUUCACGUUAUCGUCCAAACUCAACCAACAUAAACUUAUCCACACAGGGAUCAAGAAGUACUGGUGUGGACAGUGUAAACGAAGCUUCGCCGGUUUGGGUCACUGGAAGAGACGGAAGACGUCGAAGCUGGGAGAGGCCUGUUCUUCUGAUUGGAUGAUCAAGCUCGCUUAGAAAGUGGCUUCGCUGCUGGCGCAGAGACUGUCCGGUGUUUGCUGCACACCAAUAUUGUGGUCAUUUAUAUUCAGCUAGUUUAAAAAUAAGAGUGCACCUGUGGGCAGGUUUUAUCACUUCCCAGUAUAUCGCAUGCUGAAGCAGCGCUAACGGUCCUCAGCACGGCUUCAUUAGUUUUACUCAUUCUCCCUCUUCUCAUUGAGCCUUAUGCAAUAAUAUUUUUUAUUCUUAAAUCCUUCUUACUUUUCUUUUUAGUGCAGCAGAUAAGUGUAAGAAUGAUUCAGUUGAUGAUACAAGCACCACAUUUGGUAUAAAUACUUCUGAGAAGUCCUUUUCUUCA